UGUGGCGCACGCGUCUAGCGACAACUAGUAUUUCUUAAACCUCUCGCGGUGUUUUUUGGUCUGCUUUAAAUAAUUUACACAAUUAUGGUUAACUGUGGAAGUUGUGGUCAGGAAGCAAGAGACUGUGUUCAAUGCAGUUCAUGUUCUAGGCAUUUUGACUACCAAUGCUCAGGUAUUACCGAGGCCGGGUACCGUAAACUUGGCAUAGAAAGGCAGGCAGCCUGGAGAUGUCCUUCCUGCAAAUCUGGUGGAUCAGCUGUUUCACCUCGUAUAAUUUCAGGAGAAAGCGGCUUAUUACCCAAGCCAGUGACAUUGGAUCAAGUCAUGCAAGAGCUCAGAAAUAUCAAACGCACAGUGGAUUCGGUGUCAAACAUUGUUGCGGGUAUCGAAAGCAUUAAAAGUGACGUCAGCGAGUUGAAAACCUCAAUGGGUCAAUUCACAUUAAAAUUUCAAGGUCUAGAAGAAAGGAUCCAUGUUAUAGAACAAGCCCAAGCUGAGGUCCUGAAGCUAAGUGACCGUAUUCUUACUAUGGAAAGUGACCUGAAUGACAAAAAUCAGUGGAUGCGGCUGAAUAAUGUGGAGAUCAAAGGUGUUCCCAUGAAGGACCGUGAAAACCUGUUUGAAAUUAUAAACAAAAUUGGAAAUAAAAUUCAAUAUCCCAUCACAAAACAAAAUAUAAAUUUUUUGGCGAGAGUGCCUUCGAGAGAUGGCCUAGCCGACAGGGCCAAGCCGAUUAUAGUUUCAUUUUUAAGUAGGUAUGUGAAAGAUGAUUUUGUUGCCUCUGCACGUUCAUUCAAGAAGUUGAUUGCUGCGGACAUUGACUUGCCAGGUACCUCGCCAAUAUUUAUUAAUGACCAUUUAACUGUGGAAAAUAAGAUCCUUCUUAAGAAAACUAAAAAAUUGAAGGAAGAAAAGAACUUUGAUUUCGUCUGGGUAAAAAACUGCAAAAUAUUCGCAAGAAAAAAUCCGGGAUCCAAAAUAAUAACUAUCAAGAGCGAGAAAGACUUGUUAAAAAUGCAGUCAGAAAAAGGGUGGCGGUGUGGCUAUAGCAGUUCACCGUCGAUAUACAUCUUUGUGUAAUGUGGAUUGGUUAUCGAGCGCAGAGGAUUUGUGGGUUUCUGUCAAACUGCGUAACUCUCGGAGGACGGUAAUUACAUUGAAUAUAUGUGUCUUAUAUUUAUGCGAUCAAAAAGGAGGUUUGAAUUUCUUUCAACAAUUAGAUAGCUUUUGUCGGAAUCUUAGUAACAUAGUUGAUUGUAAUUUGUCACAGAAAUUUCUUGUUGUUGGAGACUUCAACAUGAGUGACAUUUUAUGGCUUCAGUCUGACGUUGGUUAUGUAUCUUCUAUUCUUACGAAUCCCCGAAAGCAAGAAUUUAUUAAUCACAUGA